UUUGAGAACUUCGAUCAAUUCUCUUCUUCUAUCAUCACAAUUAAAAUAAAAAAUCAUCAAGCUUCAAUUGCCCAAAUCCUAAAAGAAUGUCACCUUUCAAUAUCACAUUUCUAGUCACAAUUUUCCUUUCUCUUUUCUUCCCAACCCUUGGUAAAGUUGAUCCAACAUUGUCAAGGCCUAAAUCCCAAACAUUAUCAUACAUAGAGUCCUCUUGCAAUGGCACUCUCUACCGUGAACUAUGUAUCCGUUCCCUUUCGAAAUUCGCCAGCACCAAUGAAAUCGACGGUCCACAACACUUAGCACAUGUUGCCUUGUCAAUUAGCCUUGCUAGGGCAAUCCACACAAAGAACUUCUUGGUGGGAGUUUCCAAGGAACUCGACGCGAUUAACAACCUCAACAACAAUAACAAUAACAACAACGACAGAAAGAAGAGAAGGGAGUACCAAACAAUUCAAGAUUGUGUGAAUCAACUAAGUGAUAGUGUUGACCAACUUAGUCAAUCAAUCAAGGAGCUAAGAAGGAUGAACAACAAAAGUAGUAGAUCAACAAUCAAUGAUGAUUUCUUGUGGCACAUUAACAAUGUUGAGACAUGGGUUAGCACUGCCUUAACAGAUGCUAGUAGUUGUGUUUAUGCAUUCCCUGGCCAUAGAAUGAGUAAGAGAACAGCUUCAAUUAGGGGUAAGGCCAUGAAUGUUGCACAAGUUACUAGCAAUGCAUUAGCCUUCAUUCAUAAGUACAUGGAAGCAGCAACAAGGAACACUAAGCCUUGAAAAUUAUUAUUAAAAAGGGAUCAUCAAAAUUAAAGCUAGCUUAAUUAGCUUUAAUUAAGUAAUUAACCACCCUUUGUUAAUUUGUUCAUGUAUGUAUUUAGAUUGAUCUAUUAUAAUUAAGGUACAUGUUUUUUCUUUGGGUGGGUAGUUAUUAUCUUUUAAUAAUCAAGUGUAAUUUGGAUGAAUAAUGUUAUUCAUAGUUAUUUAUUUUGUAUUAAAAAGAAGUGAUUUUUUAUUGUA